AUGUCGGCAAUUGAUGAACUGUCGACAGACAGUCCACUCUCUCUGCAUCAGAGCUUUACGAAGGCUGACGCUCUUAAGAAGUGUGGUGACUGGGUGGACAGUCAGUCAUGUCACACACAGGAGAAGGACAUGGGCUGCAAAGCAAAGCAGAGGGGGGGGCAGGGGGAGGAAUGUGACUCCCCAGAUGAGACAGACAGCAUUGUGUCAUCUGCAUGUGGAAACAAGCGCAAACGCAAGAUGGUCAAGCUGAAGGAUGAGCAGCUGAACCUGCAGUGUGAGUGGCGCAGCUGCGACUAUGUCACCUGCAAUCUUGAUGACUUCGUGCACCAUGUCAGCCUCCACAUACCACACCUAGAGGUCAAGGAGAAUGAAGAUCAGGAAGGUGUGUAUGCUUGUUUGUGGGAGUCAUGUGAGUUUGAAUCUGCAGACUCCAAUGAGAUAGUGAGACAUGUCAAUUUCCACUCAUACCACACCAAAAUAAAGUCCAUUGGAUCAAACAUAUUGGCUCGGUUGAAGCUUCCGGCUUGCACAUAUGUUCAGGUUGGGAAGAACUUGCUACCCGACUUGCCAGAUGCUUUUACGUGUUGCUGGGACGAUUGUGAUCGAACAUUCAGCAACCCACAGAUUUACUUCUGUCAUGUGCAGAGUCAUGUCCACUGCAACCCACGUGGCAAAAAUGUGGCAGGAGGUGUCCCUUGCUGCUGGCGCGGUUGCAAGUUGAUCUUUCGCUCUAUAUACAAAUUGGCGGACCACAUUAGAACCCACACGCAGGAGAAACUGGUGGGCUGUCCGACAUGUGGUGGGCUCUUUGCAACUAAAACAAAGUUCUUUGACCAUUGUAAGCGACAAGUUCCUUUGGAAUUGCAAGGAUACCAGUGCUCACACUGCUCCAAGUACUACCCAUCAGAGAGGCUGCUGCGGGACCACAUGCGUCACCACGUGAACCAUUACAAAUGCUCCUUCUGUGACAUGACUUGCCCUUCUCCGUCAUCCCUUAGUUUGCAUAUUCGCUACAGACACCUGGACAGCAAGCCGUUCAAGUGUGACUUUUGUGAAUACACAGCUAAGACGCAUUGUGACAUGAAACAUCACUUGAACACGCACUGCUCCGACCCACUUUACCGCUGUGAGCAGGAGGGCUGUGGUUUCUCGUGCCGCAGUGCUUAUGGGCUUCGCAGGCAUUACCAUAGGAGUCACAGAGGGGAUGAUGCGCCAACAUACUGCUGCCACAUGUGUGACGAUCGAUUUCAUCGCGGAUCCUUGCUCACACGUCACCUCUUCACUCAGCACAACUUCCGCUGGCCAUCAGGCCACUGCAGAUUCAGGUACAAGCACGAUGAAGACGGUUUCUUCAGGCUGCAAACAGUGCGCUAUGAGAGCUUGGAGGUGACCCAGGAGAUGAUGCAGUCCGAGUCUGCUGCUACCCAGCCGUUGUGUCGCAAAAGUCACUACAACCUGCGUCGUGUGAAUGGCAGGAAUGAGGUCGAGUUCACAGUCUGUGAGGACGAUGAAGACCCCUUGAAGCAGGUGGUGGAAGAGGACAGGAUUAUCAUUUCCAUCAAGGAAGUGGACAGCAGUGGCAGGGUCGUGUCUAGCAAGACGAUGGAGAGUGAUAAGGUGGCUGCUUUCCCCACAGGAUCUGUCACUGUUGUUCGCGAUGAAAGUCAGAAAAAGUGAAUUGUUCGCCUUCUUGUUGUGUUCCAUGUUUAUUGUUCAUGAGAAAGAUAACAGUGAUCAAAAACAUGACAUAGUAAUAUCUCAGAUUAGCUUCUAACUUCUGGGAAAUUAUUUCUGAGCAUUUGAAUCAUUUCAUUGUUUCAUUCCUUCUUGCUUGAAGUCUAGACCCACACAGUAGACUGUAGUUUGUACAUUCUUCCAUUACCAUAAAGUUGCAUUUGCAAAUGUAUGUGGAUUUUCUACGUUUUACUUGUAACUUAAUGUUGAUUCUCUGUUCUGAAUUGUGUAUCAUCCAUUUUUUGAUAGAAGAACAAAACAGUUAUUGCUAAUGAAGAAGAAAAUUACUUAGAAGUGAUGCAGUAAUGUGUUCCUAACAUGUGCAGCCCAGGGCAUGAGACAGGUUUUAAAAUCAUUGGCACAAACUGAAACCAUUUAAGUAUGAUAAAGUUUAAUGGAUCAUGUAUAAGGUGAAGAAUGCAAGCAUGCAUUCUUCUGAAAGCUCGCUGCUGCUCAUGUGGCGAAGGCACACACGGACACCUAAAUGGAAGUGUUUGGGGACAGAAUUAUUAGUAGUGGUUGCUAACCAGCACACUCCACCAACCUCAACCCAUAUGAUGUAAUUUGUGAGGAACCAUAAAGCAUGAAAUUUAUAUAUUAAACCUUCGCACAAUCAAAGAACUGAAGGACGAUAUCAAAAGGCAAGUUCUGUGUACUUCGCAAAAGAAACUUUAAUGUGUGAAUGUAAACUUUUUACAGAGAUCAAAAAUGCAUGCAAAACAACAUUCUACUGUAAUCUGUGUAAAUUUUCUUUAUAAUGUGUUUAGGCCAUAGGUUUAUUCCUUCCACUGGCAGAAUUUCAGCAUGUCUGACUUGAUGGUUCCAUGAUUUGUGGCUAUCUCCAUAAGAGAUUUAUGUAUCUUUUUGCAGUGUUUGGAAAUUACAUCAUGACAUGCCACAAGUUUUGUCAGCUGCUUGAAAACCACGUGUUUUCAGUGGAAGGUUCUAUUGGUAGAAUACUUAUGAGGUUUUCCCGUAUAAAAUGAUUGUAAACAGUAUGAAUACUACAGAGAUGUUUAUAAAAUGUUGGAACCAAGUUCAAAGACCAUAGGGUCUGUUACUGAAUGUGCUUUUCAUUGUACUGCAGUGUUGGAAGCCAUGAGGGUCUCCACUGAUAUAAACCCUUGCUUCUCAAUAAGUAUGUUGGUCCACUCUUGAUGCUUGAUAUAGUCAGUGUUGCUGAUGCUUAGAAGGUUUGUCAUGAGCAUCCGCAUCACGUUCAGUUUCUCCAGUCUCAACUGCAAUCGCUUCUUUUGCCUAGAACAACAGUCACUUUAGAAAUUUCUGAAAGAUGGAGUUAAAAGUUUUGUUACCACUACAACAAAGGCUAUAUUCAGUCCCCUUAGAUUAAGUUUAUUACGCACAAUAUAAGGAUUUCAUUUUGGAUAAUUUUGAAAAAUCCAUUACAAAUUAUGUAAAUUUCCAUAAAUUCACAAAAAACUGCUGUGAACAUAAAUGUUGGCCCUUCCUGACAACAAAUCUUUCUUUUUAAAAUAAAUUAUGGAGAAAAAGCAA